AUGAACAUGCAUGUUCCUUUCCUAGGGUUCUUAGUGAUUCUUGGUUUCAUCCAAUCACAAGCAGCUUUGGUUCGAUAUACCUUUGUGGUUCAAGAAACUAACUACACACGGCUAUGCAGCACUAAAAAGAUCUUAACAGUUAAUGGACAAUACCCUGGUCCGACCAUUUCUGCUCGUAGAGGAGACACCGUUAUCGUUGAUGUUGUCAACCAAGCCUCCCAAAAUAUCACGAUUCAUUGGCAUGGAGUGAAACUACCAAGAUAUCCAUGGUCAGAUGGGCCCGAGUUCAUCACACAAUGCCCAAUUCAACCAGGUUCUCGUUUUAGCCAGAAGAUUAUCCUUUCCGAUGAGGAAGGCACAUUAUGGUGGCACGCACACAGUGACUGGUCUCGAGCCACCGUACAUGGUUUACUAGUCGUCUUUCCCAAGAUUGGAACUACUUUCCCGUUUCCUAAACCUCAUGCAGAGGUUCCUGUCAUCUUAGGCGAGUGGUGGAAAAAUGAUAUACAGACAGUGAUGGAAGACUUCUUGCGUAGCGGGGGUGAUCCAGCUAUCUCUGAUGCUCUAACAAUCAAUGGUCAACCUGGAGAUCAAUACAAUUGCUCUGGUCCAGAAACAACCAAAGUAAAAGUCGAACAAGGAAAGACUUACAUGCUUCGAAUGGUGAAUGCCGCCAUGAACAACAUCAUGUUCGUUGCAAUUGCAAACCAUCAAGUCACUGUCGUAGGAACUGAUGGGGCCUACACCAAGCCGAUGAAAACCAAUUACGUGGCUAUAUCACCGGGACAAACCAUAGACCUCUUGUUAGAAGCAAAUCAACCCCGCAAUCGCUAUUAUCUGGAAGCGAAGUUCUACAACAGCAACCCUCGAAGUCUCUUUGAUAAUACCACCACCACAGCCAUCAUCGAGUACAUUAAUGGGAACUACAACGCAUCAGCCACACCUUUUUCACCUCUUCUUCCUACUUUUAAUGACCGAAAUGCAUCUGCGAACUUUACUAGUAGCCUACGAAGUUUAGCAAGCAGUGCUCAUCCAAUUGACGUUCCACUUGAAAUCACGAGAAAGCUACUCUAUACCCUGUCGAUUAACAGAUUGCCUUGUGCUACGUGUGUGGGAAGGGAUAAUAGGUUUGCAGCAAGCAUAAACAACAUUACAUUUGAUACCCCAAGGACUUCGAUUCUUGGAGCUUACUACCGUGGAAUGAAUGGUGUUUAUGGCGACGACUUCCCUGAUAAUCCCCCUUUCAUCUUCAACUACACAUCGGAUAGUUUGAAUACUUCACUACAAACUCCAAUGGAUGGGACGGAGGUGAAAAUUCUGAAAUAUAAUGAUACGGUGGAGCUUGUUUUCCAAGGAACAAAUGUGGUUUCGGGGAUAGAUCAUCCCAUGCAUUUGCAUGGAUAUAGUUUCUAUGUUGUUGGAUCUGGAUUUGGUAACUUCGAUAGACAACGAGAUCCUCUCAAUUAUAACCUUGUUGAUCCUCCUCUUCAGCAGACAAUUGCUGUUCCUCAAAAUGGCUGGACAGCCAUUAGAUUCCGCGCAAAUAACCCUGGAGUUUGGUUCAUGCAUUGUCAUUUCGAGCGUCAUGUAAGUUGGGGGAUGGAGAUGGUAUUCAUAGUAAGGAAUGGGAAGAGUGCAGACACAAGAAUCUUGCCUCCACCACCGGAUAUGCCCAAGUGCUAG